GGGGAAGUUAGUGGAGUGUGCGGUUCUGGCCGGCGUGUCCAGUAAUGCAGGUUCCGCAGCUACUUGUGCUUUUCGGCAGCCAGACUGGCACAGCCCAGGAUGAGGCGGAGAGGCUGGGCCGCGAAGCCCGGCGCCGGCGGCUAGGUUGCCGCGUGCAAGCCCUGGACUCUUAUUCGGUGGCGAAUCUCAUUAGAGAGCCCCUGGUGAUAUUUGUUUGUGCGACCACAGGCCAAGGAGACCCUCCUGACAACAUGAAGAACUUCUGGAGGUUCAUAUUCCGAAAGAGCCUGCUGUCCACCUCCCUCUGUCAAAUGGACUUUGCUGUCCUAGGCCUCGGGGACUCCUCAUAUGCCAAGUUCAACUUUGUGGCCAAGAAGCUACAUCGUCGGCUGCUGCAGUUAGGAGGCAGUGCCCUGCUGCCCCCAUGUCUAGGUGAUGACCAGCAUGAGCUGGGGCCUGAUGCUGCCAUUGACCCCUGGCUGGGAGACCUUUGGAAGAAGAUAAUGGUUCUGUACCCAGUGCCCCUAGACUUUCCUGAGAUCCCUCUUGGAGUCCCCUUGCCCUCCAAGUUCAUCUUCCAGUUUCUUCAGGAGGUCCCCAGCGAAGCGGCUGAGGAACUGAACAUAGCCAGCUCAGCCCCUCAGAGACCCCCAUCAGAGUUACAGCCCUUCCUGGCUCCUGUGGUCACCAACCAGAGGGUCACUGGCCCUCAACAUUUCCAGGAUGUUCGGCUGAUUGAGUUUGACAUUACAGACUCGAGUAUUAGUUUUGCUGCUGGCGAUGUCGUGUUAAUCAUGCCCUCUAACUCGGAGACCCACACCCAGCAGUUCUGCCAGUUGCUGCACUUGGACCCCAAUCAGUUUUUCAUGCUUAAGCCACGGGAGCCAGGUGUCCCUUACCCACCAGGGCUGCCUCAGCCCUGCACUGUGUGGCAUCUUGUGUCACAGUACUUGGACAUUGCCAGCGUGCCCCGCCGUUCCUUCUUUGAACUCUUGGCUUGUCUUUCCCCACACGGGCUGGAGCGGGAGAAGCUGCUGGAAUUCAGCUCUGCCAGAGGUCAGGAAGAGCUCUGGGAGUACUGUAACCGGCCCUGCAGGACCAUCUUGGAGGUGCUAUGUGACUUUCCACACACAGCCGCUGCCAUUCCUCCAGACUACCUUCUGGACCUUAUCCCUCGGAUCCGCCCACGGGCCUUCUCCAUUGCUUCCUCCCUGCUGGCUCAUCCCAGGAGGCUACAGAUCCUUGUGGCUGUGGUACAGUACCAGACUCGCCUCAAGGAGCCCCGCCGUGGCCUCUGCUCUUCCUGGCUAGCAUCUCUGAAUCCUGAGCAAGGACCUGUCCGGGUGCCUCUAUGGGUGCGGCCUGGGAGCUUCUCGUUCCCAGAGACACCAGACAUACCCAUUAUCAUGGUGGGGCCUGGAACUGGUGUGGCCCCCUUCCGAGCAGCCAUUCAAGAGCGAGUGGCCCAUGGCCGAACUGGAAACGUCUUGUUCUUUGGCUGCCGCCAGCGGGGUCAGGACUUCUACUGGCAGACUGAGUGGCAGGAGCUGGAGAAGAAGGGCUGCCUGACCCUGGUUACAGCCUUCUCCCGGGAGCAGGAGCGGAAGGUCUAUGUGCAGCACCGGCUCUGCGAGCUGGGACCACUUGUCUGGGAGCUGCUGGAUCGCCAGGGUGCCUACUUCUACCUAGCAGGCAAUGCUAAGUAUAUGCCUACGGACGUUAUGGAAGCCCUGACAUCCAUUUUCCAAGAAGAAGGACAACUCUCCAAUCAAGACGCAGCUGCCUACCUUGCCAGGCUCCAGCAGACACUGCGCUUCCAGACUGAGACCUGGGCCUGAGGA